AUGGACAUCGAGUCGGCAGGCUCAGCCAUAAGCCCACAUGGAAAACAAGCCGCAUGCUUGAACUGUCGAAGGAGUAAGAUUCGCUGCAAUCGCCUGGCAGGUGAGACCACCUGUGAGAAAUGUAAGCAAACAAAUGCAGAAUGUAUUGUACCCAACCAUCAUCUGGGCCGGCAAAAGGGGGUCAAGAAUAAACGAAAAGGCCUGGAGAAAGCGAUCCAUCAGAUCGAGCAGGCAAUCAAGCGACCUAGGGUCGACUCUUCAGGCGACGAUGAUGCCCAAAAGGCCAUUGCAAGUUUACAGGAACUUCUCGGACAAGUCCAGGGCCAGUUGUUGCAUAGUGGGAAUGGAUUGUCGGAGACACCCGAUCACCCGCAUGUGCCAUCUCCGCGCGACCCGCAUGCAGAGGAGAGCCUCGCCCUGGAUGAUGCGGAAAAUCCACUUCAAUUGCUUGCAAGAGCUUCGGAUCUUCAGCUUUCGCCGACUGGAGUGCGACAGAUACUGAAGUCUCCGUUGCCAGUGUCGGGUGGUCCACCGGCAUUCAUUCCGAGUACCAUCGCAGAAGAACCAAGCGCUAAAUCUUUCUUUGUCCCGACGAGAGCCAGCUUGGAUGUUGGACCUGAUGUCGAUCCUGUUGAUCUGGGCUUGGUCACAUUUGAUGAAUCCGAGUCCUUGUUUUCGUUCUUCUAUCAAAAUCUCGCACAUACUCGAUGGGGUCUUGAUCCGUUGAUACACACCCCGCCAUUUGUACGAUCUCAAUCGGCUUUUCUUUUUACUUCGAUUAUGGCAGGUGCAGCUUUAUUUUUGCCAUCAGCUGCUGCAUUGUCUAAAAGACUGUCGAGGCAUUGCAAAUGGCUCGCGAAGCGAGUGAUUACCCACCGCCAUAGAUCUGUUGAAAUUGUGCUGGCUUUUAUGGUAAAUGUGCCAUGGAUGUCUCCCGGUGAUAGCCUAGGAGAUGAUGAUACUUGCUCCUAUAUUGCUAUGGCCCUCACCGUUGCGUUAGACUUGUCUCUGAACAAGAUUGUCACACCAUCUUCAUGCUUCAACCAAGGGCUUUUAGAUCGCCUGGCGCGAGCAGAAUGCAUAGACGCAAAGAGAGCCUUACUGAUGGAUGGGUUUGAUAAUGUCGAUCCAUCCUCGGAGUGGGGCCUGCGACUACUUCGGAGACGCGAAAGAGCUUGGAUUGCAUUAUACGUUGUGGAGAGAGGAGUCUGUCUUGCGCGUGGAAGAAACUAUACAGUUCCCACCACAACGCUGAUCGAAAACUGUGACCGCUGGCAUCUAUCAAGAAUUGCGGAUUUACGUGAUGGUCCCAUGAGCUCCAUGGCCGUCCUUCGGAGGGAUCUUGAUGGACUCUUUCGGCAAGUCAAAUCAAGUUGUGAUAGUUAUCGCAUCGUUGACACCGGCUCGGAAGCCGCCCAAUUAAUUAAGAACACUAUUGAAACAUUUUACAAGCGGUGGUAUGCUACGUGGGCCUUGUCAAUCGGGGAAGGAGAAGCACGCUCCCUACCCCCAUACGUCGAGAUUCUUGUCACACAUACUCAACUAUCAACCUACGGCGGCGUCAUAAACCAUCCCACAGCCCCACUCGAAGUAAAACGUUUCUUCCGAGCAGCUGGUCUAUCAUCCGCCCUAAACGUGCUGCGAGCCGCUAUACAAGGCGAAUCUCGACUGAAAUCAAUGCCAAACAACACCGUCAUAAUGAUAUCCUUCGCAGCAUGCUCUGCGCUCAGCCUCAGCGUAACCUCCGGCGACAGCAGAUCCAGCCUAGCCCCAAGCGUGCGAAAUCUCAUCGAAGAGACUGCUGGUGUCCUAGAAAGAAUCGGCGCGACACCCGAUCACCGAAACGGCGCCUCAGUGCUCUACGGAAGAUUCUUACGCGAGUUGAUUCGACGCGCACCAGCUUUGCCUUUACAAUCUCGAAGCAAUGCUGCUAAUAUCGAUCCGCCCCAGUCGGCAUUCCCGCCUGCAUGUCUGCAUGAUGGCCCAUUGCCAGUUACACAAGCCCUGUCACCCAGGAAUACCUUCUUCGAGCCAUUGCACUUCUCUGCUAUGUCUGAUAAUCAGAUCGUCGAUGCAGUCAACCGGGCGGGCACUGCGUUUGGUGCUUCGAUUCCGGAUGUGCCUCUGGACGACAUGCUUAACUGGGAUUGGCUUGAUUUUGCAAAUCCGGAUUUCAGUUUCUGA